UCCGGCGCGUGCGCACGGCACGAGCGCGCGGGCCCGGCCCGCUGCCCCGAGCGAGGACACCCUGGGAGGAUCUGCAGGGACAGAAUUCCCUUUGGGAUUCGCAGUUUGGGACUGACUCACACUCCAGGUGCUCAGGGCAGCCGAGCUGCACUGCGAGGAGCAGGGAUGGAGCGCCUGGCCUCCUUCAGCAGUGACCCUUUUGACAAGCCCCCGUGCCGAGGCUGCUCCUCGUACCUGACAGAGCCCUACGUGAAGUGUGCUGAGUGUGGGCCCCCUCCCUUCCUGCUGUGCCUGCAGUGUUUCACCCGAGGGUUUGAGUACAAGAAGCAUCAAAGUGAUCACACUUAUGAGAUAAUGACAUCUGACUUCCCUGUCCUGGAUCCCAACUGGACAGCUCAGGAGGAGAUGUCUCUCCUGGAAGCUGUGAUGGACUGUGGAUUUGGGAACUGGCAGGACGUGGCCAACCAGAUGUGCACCAAAUCCAAGGAGGAGUGUGAGAAGCACUACAUGAAACACUUCAUCAACAACCCCUUGUUUGCCUCCACCCUGCUGAACCUGAAGCAGGCAGAGGAGGCUCAGCACCACGAGACAGCCAUUCCCUUCCACUCUGCUGAUGAUCCCCCACGGCCCACCUUUGAUUCCUUGCUCUCCAGGGACAUGGCAGGGUACAUGCCAGCCAGAGCUGACUUUGUUGAGGAGUUUGACAACUAUGCUGAGUGGGAUUUGAGAGAUAUUGAUUUUGUAGAAGAUGAUUCAGACAUUCUGCAUGCUCUGAAGAUUGCAGUGGUAGAUAUCUAUCACUCCAGGUUAAAGGAAAGACAGAGACGGAAAAAAAUUAUAAGAGAUCAUGGCCUGAUAAACCUCAGAAAAUUUCAGAUUCUGGAGAGGCGCUACCCCAAGGAGGUGCAGGAGCUGUACGAGACCAUGAGGAGGUUUGCGCGGAUCCUGGGGCCCGUGGAGCACGACAAGUUCAUCGAGAGCCACGCGCUGGAAUUUGAGCUGCGCAGGGAAAUAAAGAGACUCCAGGAGUACAGAGCAGCAGGAAUCACCAAUUUCUGCAGUGCCAGGACCUACGACCACCUGAAGAAGAGCCGGGACGAGGAGCGGCUGAAGCGCACGAUGCUCUCGGAGGUGCUGCAGUACAUCCAGGACAGCAGCGCCUGCCAGCAGUGGCUCAGCCGCCAGGCAGACAUUGAUUCUGGCCUAACUCCCACGGUUCCAGUUCCCUCAACUACAGGCAGACGGAGUGCCCCACCGCUGAACCUCACAGGCCUGCCAGGCACAGAGAAACUCAACGAGAAGGAGAAGGAGCUCUGUCAGAUGGUGAGGCUGGUCCCUGGAGCCUAUUUGGAAUAUAAAGCUGCUUUAGUGAAUGAGUGCAACAAACAGGGAGGCCUGAGACUGGCUCAGGCUCGAGCCCUCAUCAAGAUUGAUGUGAACAAAACCAGGAAAAUCUAUGACUUCCUGAUCAGAGAAGGGUACAUCACAAAGGCCUGAGGACAGGCAGCAGUGCUUGGCUGGAGCAGGCAGAUGUGGAGAAGCUUUGAAGUCGCUUUGACAGCGCUGAAAGAUUUUACCAGUGUUGAAUGAAGGACAUUUCCUUUUGUUUAAAACCUUUCGGGGCUUUUUUGUUGUUGUUUCUUUUUUUUUUUUUUUGUAAAAACAAGUAGGGAGCUUUGUUAAAUUGUAUGAAUGCUGACAUUUGUCUGGGUUCCUUUUAACUCUGCUGUUGUCAGGAUUCCUGGGAAGCAUCAUGUGCCACAUAAGCUGAUCUGAAACGUGAAUGGGCAUUCAUUCCUCACACCUCCUGUGACUGCAGACAGCAUCACGGUACUCUCAGUGACACAGAAUGAGGACAGAGUCACACUCUGUGCAGAACAGGGUAUAGAAAUGCAGUUCCUCCCUCCUUGUGUUCCUUCCUAAAUCAGCAGCAGCUUUCAGAGGCGACAGCACGUGCCUGACGGUGUAAAAAUAGAGCUUGCAGUGGUCCAGUCUUUUUAACUUAAUUGUGAUAAAGGAUGGGAAAGGACAUGGCAGGGAAGCUCCUCAACAGUUGUUACUUUUGUGUGGUGUUAGCACAUAUCCCAGCAGGAAGGCUCUGCACAAACAGAGGAGCUUCAGCUGCUCCCCCUGUGAUUUGGGGGUGUCAGGUUAUAUUUAAUCCUUCAGCCUCAUGCUCCUUGGGAAGGCUGCAAGCUGCAGCCACUGCAGCUUUGGGAAUGAAAAGGUUCUCAGGACCCUGAUGUUGUCCCACAAAAAGGAAGCUCCUGUUUGUGGGGUUUGAUUCCCUCAGCCUGAGGAGCUGCUCAGACACAGCCCCAGCACAUCAGCUGAUCCCUGAGCCCCAGCACCAAACUUUGGAUUUGGAUUUGGCAAUCAGCUGGAUGAUGAAGAUGGUUCUCUGCAGAUGCAGCUUGUGUGUUUACUGAACAGUAAAUUGUUUGUCAGAGAGUUUCCUGCUAAGGUGUAAUGCUGGAAUAAUGUCCCACAGGAAAUCUGGGAGCCAAAGCAGGUGGGGUGUUGGAUGCUCCCAAGUUUGGGAUCUCAUGGAAGAGCCUGACUGAGCUACAGCUGCACCAAUACCUCUCUAAGGCUUUGAGGUUCAGUUGUUGUUUGUUCCCCAAGAGUAAUUAUCCUGUGGACCUGAGGUGCCAUUGAAUGUGAAGUAUUUUAGUUUGUAAUAAAAUCAGAAUGACUUGAAACAAUCUUACAUCCA